AUGCAGACAGAGGAGGCAGGCAAGCUGAAACUGGCACAAAGCUCUAACAUGUACACACACCCGCCCACAUACAUACACUCACAGACACACACUGGCCCUGAGCAACAACUGUCAGAGCUGGAACUUUGAGCUAUAGGUGGAACAACAAAGCGGUGGUGGCAAAGGACUGAAGCCUGUCUAAAUCAUUAAGCGGACUGAGAAAGGAUAAGAAACAGAGAAGACAUACAGGAGACGGAUCUUACAAAUGUAACUCGAACAAGAGGAGAGAGAAACAAAGGUGUGGAGAAGAUGGUGCGCCGAUCCUGCCUCAGCAGGAGGGCCUUUCUUGAGCCUUGAUUCCAGCCUUGAGUCCCUCCAAGGGGUGAAUAGGUGAGACGGGUAAGAUGACGUCCUCACACAGUCUGGGCCUGGUACUGGUGGAGUUUGAAUAUGAAUAUGAAGGCCGGGAUGGCCACAGGGUGUGCAUUAAACCCAACGAGCGCUACAUCCUCCUGGCCAAAACGAAUGAUCAUUGGUGGCAUGUGUGCAAAGAUGAACGAGCCAAGCCAUUUUAUAUCCCUGCUAAAUAUGUAAAGGAGCUUCCACCCAACAUCCCUUCACCUCUUGAUUUCAGAGAGCCUCCGGGCCCCGAUGUGAGGCCUGUGGUGCCUGACCUCGCAGAGACCCGUAAAUCCGAUGAGGUGACAAUCAAACUUCGCUCCAAAGGGAAUUACCACAAGACAGAAAACCGCAUGUCGACAUUUGGCGUUCCUUUGGAUUUACACGAGCCCCCUUCUUACAAACUUGGCGGACCUUCAGAUUCUCUCAUCUCACUGAACUUGGACUCAUCAAAUCAGAAGAGGAAGAGUCAAGCAACUAAUCUGCUGUUCGGCUCACGCGGUGCUCCUGCUGAAACAGGGCCUGAUAAGUUUCGAGUGCCUAGCUUUAGCCCAGCUGACCCUCUUCAUAAAGCCAUCCCUGUCAAACCUGUGGAGCUCCCCAUCAUCAAGAACCUAAAUGAGACCAAGCCUCACAGGAAGUCUCCUGAGUUGGAAUCCCCAAUAGAACCUGAAAGUGAAAGUUCUAGCUCGGAACCACUGCCAUCACCAGACUCUGAGAAUAUUUAUGAAUCCAUAUCAGACCUGAAUCUAGACCUGUCGACACUGACGGAAAAAGCACCUGCCGGAUCGCCAAACCCUCAGACCAACACAUCAUGCCCACCUCCAACAAUAAAGACAGAGAAUGACCCCACCACAGCAGUGUAUGCCAACGUUGCUGACCUGAAGAAGACCACUACUCGCCCUUCGAACUCCUCUGCCUCAACGUGCUCCUCGCCCGGCAUCACCCUCAGUCCUGCUCCGGACUCUACCUCCCCGCCUAACUCGGCUGGAUGGCAGGUCCAUACUGACCACGACAGCGGCAAGGAAUACUACUACCACCCUGCCACAGGACAGAGCAGUUGGUCUGAUCCCCGUAGCCCCCCAGCAGGAACAGGUAUGGAGUCCGUGACCUCCACCAUACCUGUGUCCACCCCGUCCUCGUCACACUCACAGGGCUCUGACUGGAAGCAGUAUUUGGAUGAAACCACUGGGAGACUUUAUUAUUUUAAUCCCACUUUGAACCAAACCUCUUGGACUGCCCCGGAGCAAUCGCCACCUACUUCCUCCACAGACAAGGCGCACAAUCAUGGCAAUGAGGCAAAUGGGCCGCCACCUCUUCCAGAGGAGGACUACCCAACAAAUCAGCGUGAGGAUUCCCAUAUUUCUUUUCAUCUCCCUAAAGAUUUUCAGUUGCCCCAAAUCAAGCGCGCCGUCAUCCCUAGGGCUAUUGUGGACACGCAUAAAGAUGUCCCUGUGGGCUGGACUCAAUCUGUAGGGGCCGAUGGAAAAUCUGUCUACACAAAUGAACUCACACAGGAACAGUGGAUCCAGUCGAAGGAUGACAAAGGGAAGAUGUAUUACCACUUAAAAGAUGGGUCUAAACGUCAGUGGACCCUGCCAGAGGCUUCAGUCCCGCCCGGUCAGCCGAUCAAUGGAAAUGGAAUAGACCAAGAUUCUCUCCCCGUUUUGAACAACUGGAGACAAUCCCAGUUCAGCGCAUCUCAGGAAGACCUGAAAUUUUCCCCCUCACACAGGCGGAUCGCCUCUGACAACGCCAGCGAUGCAUCCAGUUCAGGGAAUUCACCAGAAUCACAGCAUUACGAUAAAAAGUUAAGACGGCGGAGGAACCUGUCCAGUCACAGCACAGAUUCACAUUCUCAUCAUUCAUCACUGGAGAAGGCUGGGAUUCUCAACAAGACCAAAGUGGCUGAGAAUGGAAAAAGGCUGAGGAAGAACUGGGCGCAGUCAUGGACUGUUCUCCAUGAUGGCAUACUCACUUUCCACAAAGACCCUAAAUAUACACCAGCUGGGAUGUCUACCAAGUCCAAUCAGAUCGUCCCAGAGUACACAGUGGAACUGAAAGGAGCGACUUUAUCAUGGGCGAGUAAAGAAAAGUCAAGCAAGAAGAAUGUUCUAGAGCUCAAGACACGUCACGGCUCUGAGUAUCUGAUACAGUAUGACACAGACAGCAUCAUACACGACUGGCACAAGAUCAUUCUGGACACCAUCAAACUGCUGCAGGACCAUGGCCAUUGCUCAGAGGACGAAGUGGAAGAUGUCCCAGAAAAAUCUCCAUUGCCUGCAGAUAAAGAGAGGAAGAGUGAACCAGCAAGACUGAGUUCUUCAAGUAGCAUAGACAUAGAACAGGGCCGUGUUCGCACCAAGCUACGCAAGUUCCUCCAGCGGCGGCCCACGCUACAGUCAGUCAAAGAGAAGGGCUACAUCAAAGAGAAUGUAUUUGGCUGCCACUUAGACACCCUCUGUCAUCGGGAAAACACAACCGUGCCCAAGUUUAUGGAAAAAUGCAUAAGAUCUGUUGAAAAAAGGGGUCUGAAAAUAGAUGGAAUCUACAGAGUGAGCGGAAACCUGGCUGUCAUCCAGAAACUGCGAUAUAAAGCUGAUCAUGAAGAGGAUCUGGAUCUGGAGGACGGGCAGUGGGAAGAGAUCCAUGUGAUCACAGGAGCUUUGAAGCUUUUCCUACGUGAACUUCCUGAGCCUCUUUUCCCCUUCAGCUUUUUUGAAAGGUUCAUCGCUGCCAUUCAAAUGAGUGACUACAGCCAGAAAGUGUCAUAUUUUCGAGAUCUAGUCAGAAACCUGCCUUUGCCCAACCAUGACACCAUGGAGGUACUCUUCAGACAUCUUCGCAAAGUGAUUGAACAUGGUGAGCUGAAUCGCAUGUCUGUCCAAAGUAUGGCCAUCGUGUUUGGUCCAACGUUGCUGAGACCACAGGAGGAGUCCAACAUCACCAUGCACAUGGUCUUCCAGAACCAGAUUGUGGAGCUCGUUCUCAAUGAGUUCAAUGAGCUCUUCCCAACCAAAUAAAAUCACCCUAUGGAAGAGAAUGCAACCGUCAAAUCUUCUGAUAUUCCCAAAGGAACGAGGUUACUGACUGUUUUCUGUCUACUGAUUAGAUACUGACUGUUCCAAGCAUUGUAAAACAUCAAGAACCUCGAAACUGCCUCGUUCUGAGAGGCAACCUGUGUUUUUGGUACUGCUGAAAUCAAGAGAGCAAAAAGCCGAAGGGAUCAUCUGCCGAUAUGAUCAAACAGAUCUUAUAAAGAGAAAAAGAAAAUUUGUAUUUUGUCAAAAUCUUAAGUUUGAGAUGAGAUUCCUCAGUGAGAAAUAACUUACAACAAUUGCUUUAAAGGUAUUAGAGAUACAGAGCACACACUUGUACAUGUUACUGAAUAAUAUACUCUAUAUUAUUGCUACUCACCAAAAACUGUUCCUGUGGAACAACAACAUUUUUUUAGUUAGCCAAAACAAACAACCCUUUCCUUUUAGAUUUCAGUGCAAAUGUUGAAUGAACAAGUAAAAGUCCUCUACAAAGAUAUGGACAUUUGGUUGAUUUCUAAUUUUUCUCUGAACAAAGAUCUUGAAGAUGAAGCCUGGACUUGUUGAAGCCUUGAAAGUGUGCUUGAUCACCAAUAUGGAGGGAGCAUUACUGUAUGAACCCUGCUGUUGAGGAGAUUGAGAAAAACAAGUGUUUUAUCAACUGUAUGACUAGCUGUUUUUUUUUUUUUUUUUUUUACUCGUCUUUGGUCUCUAAGAUGAAAUAUUGUUAUGAAAUGCUGGCAAGUACAAUGUACAGAAGUAUGAAAAUGAAUAUAAUGAACAAUGGAACAUUUUUCAGUAAAGUAAAAUAUGGAUUUGCAUUGCAUGUUAAAACUUUGUGGAUGUAGACUAAAGCUGUACAUAUUUUAAAUAUGUUGUUUGUAUAAAAAUAUGGUUAAGAAAUAAUUGGCGAUUUCAUUUUAUUACAGAGAUGCAUAUUCUGUAAAUAAAACAGAUACACCAUAUUUAAUAUUAUGCAAAUAUGUGCAUAGUUUUUAACACUGGUAAUUACUGAAAUCUAGAAAAUAGUUAUAAAAAUUGUUUUUAGUAUUAUAAGAUUGCAUAUAUACAGUCAAUAUUUUAUAUAUUAAAAAAAAAAGUCUGUACAUCAAUUUAAAAUAGAGAACUGAUAUUAUCACUGGACUAUAGAUAAAUGCAAUGUGAGAAAUUAUAAAUAAAUAUGGUGUCUCAUUUUCA